CGCUUGGCGCAAGCUCCAGGCCGCACUUCCGCUUCCGCCCGUCGGGGUCACGUGGUGAGGCCGCCAUAGCGGCCAUCAGCACUGUGGGCAAACCGCACUGAGCUAUCCUUCUGCCCUCGGCUCUUACCUGGGCUUCGCGCCCGUCCGGGUGGGCCUAACACUUAUUCCUAUCCUUCACGGCGGCCAACCUCGCUGUCUUUCUGACCCUUCCGACGUUGGGGGUCGCGCAGGGAGGGACAUGAGUGACCGGAAGUGGGAGCCAUGAGCUUCUCCUCCUGGAGCUCAGAUGCUGGAGUUGCUGACUGGACCACCGCGACGCACGCAUGGAGAGCACUGGGCGUCGAGCUACGCACCGACAGCUAACCUGGGCACCCGGGCUCUGUGGGGCGGGGUCUUUGCAGAACCUACCGCCCUCCAGGGGCGCGGGAACAUGACUCUAGAGCAGGCGCUCGCUGUGGGCAAGGCGCCCGGCGCCCGGGCCUGCCCUACCGGCUGGUGAAUCCCCGGAGCCCGGAGACUUGGUAACUGGCGCGAGCAGACGUGUGCGCACACGCGGGGCCUUCGCUGACACGUGGCUGGGAGCAAGGGAGUCGCUGCGCGCGCGAAGCGCCAUAGUAUAGGCCCUCAGCCCAAGCGACCCUCCGCCUUCCUUCCAAGUGUGAUGAAGGCUGCUGUUGUCAUGGGAUGUGCCUUGCGGCCCCACUCUCCUCCCUAUUACUCAGAGCAGCCAGGCAGGGGCCUGCGCGCAUCUGUCAUCUUGGGACAGACUGAUCUACCCUGAGUCCCUGCCCUCUAUCAGCUUAGUGGCCUCUCCCUGCAGCUGGUGUCAGUGGCAGCAUGGUCUACUGUUUGGAAAACGAGAUGCCACACCGCCUGCUGCGAAGCACCAUGGUCCACUUGCAAGCCUCCGAAGUCCAGCAGCUGCUACACAACAAGUUCGUGGUCAUUUUGGGGGACUCCAUCCAGAGAGCUGUGUAUAAGGACCUGGUGCUUCUGCUCCAGAAAGACACACUGCUCACAGCUUCCCAGUUAAAAGCCAAGGGGGAGCUGAGCUUUGAACAGGAUCAGCUGGUGGCCGGGGGCCAGCUGGGUGAGCUGCACAACGGGACGCAGUACCGAGAGGUCCGCCAGUUCUGCUCUGGCUCCGGCCACCACCUUGUGCGUUUCUACUUCCUCACCCGUGUUUACUCCGAGUACCUUGAGGACGUCCUGGAGGAGCUGUCGUAUGGACCUGCCCCCGACCUAGUGAUCAUCAACUCCUGCCUCUGGGAUCUCUCCAGAUAUGGCCGCUGCCCAAUGGAGAGCUACAGAGAGAACUUGGAAAGAGUGUUUGUACGAAUGGACCAGGUUUUGCCAGACUCUUGUCUGCUGGUGUGGAACAUGGCAAUGCCUUUGGGGGAACGUGUCACUGGGGGUUUCCUCCUGCCAGAGCUGCAGCCCCUGGCAGUCUCUCUGCGACAGGAUGUUGUUGAGGGGAACUUCUACAGUGCUACACUAGCUGGGAACCACUGUUUCGACGUCCUAGAUCUCCACUUUCACUUCCGGCAUGCUGUACAUCAUCGGCAUCGAGAUGGUGUCCAUUGGGACCAGCACGCACACCGCCACCUCUCACACUUACUUCUGAGCCAUGUGGCUGAUGCCUGGGGUGUGGAGCUCCCCAAACAUGACCCUCUCCCAGACACAUGGAUUGAGGACUGGCCAGAGAUGGAUCAUCCAUCCCAGGGAAGCCAUAAGCAGCCCCCAGACUUCAGGGAGAAGCUGGCCUUGCCCCUCCUCCCACCUUUCCAUUUGCCUCGUCCUAUGUCUUUUCCUUAUCCACGUCUUCAGCCCUCACCACCUCCCUUGUUCCCACCCCUGCACCAGGAUGCCCCCUUUUCCCAAGGCCAGCCCUUUCGACGCUAUGAAUUCUUCAAACACAAUGCAAUGGAGGACUUCUUGGUGCCAUCUAACUUAGGAUGUGGCCCUGGAAUGAACUUUGUGCCUGGCCCCCUGCCACCGUCAGUCUCUGGCCCUGUCUCCCAUGGUCAACGCUGGGGCCCUGUGGUCCACCGGGGCAAGCCACGUUGUGUUCCCAACAACCCCUACCAUAUACCAAGGAUUGGGGGGGCAUGUAGGCAGAGACUCAGGCACUCAGACAGACUGAUCCACACAUAUAAACAGGACAGACGGGGACAUGCCCAUUCAGGGACAUGGCCUGGGUAGACAGAAUCUAGAGGUGCCAAUGGCCCUGAAGGGUCUGCCUGAUACCCUAGCUGUUGGGCUGGGGUAUUUUUGUCCAUUGCUGAUAUCAAUAAAAGCAUGGAAGGACAGAGUGACAUUCCUGUGUGAGGGAGUGGGUCUCCCAAACCAUGGCCUUAAGGGUUGGGGAAGCUGCCUCUUGGGCCUUUGUGCCAACUGUUUAGAAAUCAAUGAAUACACUCUUUAACACAGUUCUAUCUUCACAAGAACACAUAUGCUAAAUAAAGAUCCCAGUGGGUCCCUUGUUAUCAGCAGGUCUUUGGGACUGGAAAAAAUCAAGGACUGAGUUAAACCGUCAGUAUUUUAGGUGGGAUUUUGGGUUUGGCUAAUUCUAACUUUCUCUCCCAGUUGCAUACAGUCAUGUGUAUGCUUGGUGUCAUCUCUUCCUGGAGGUAGGAAGGCAGCCUUAGCAUGCAUUCUUGGCACCUAAGUGAGAAGACCCCAAAUACAGGCAGAAGACCAGUUAGGAUCCCUUGAUUUACUUGAUAUAAAUAAAGUACAGUGAGAGAAAAGCAAACACUGACCAACCUUUGUUGGUAGUUAGAAACAAGAGCUGAUAGAGAAGACAUCCAGGGUCACUGCAGAACAGGGGUGGUGUCAGAGAUGCUCUGCUAAACUGGUCACAAAGAAAAGCAGAAGUUCAAGGCCUCAGCUUUGAAAUAGGGGAGAGGAGGGGCUGGAGUAUGGCAGUGAUAAUGGGGCAGAAAGUGGGUUAUGUAAGGAACCAUUCAAUUUGAAUUAGAAUGGAUGGGACAGAAUUCUUGGAUUCAUUUCUCUUCUUGUUAAUGAAACCUUAAAAAAAGACAACAUCUCACCCAAAAGAAAUGAGAAAAACUGGUCAGAAAGGUGAUGAUCUUGGUGAGAAAUCUGGUGGAUUAGUAAACGACGUGGUUAACAUAUGCUGAUGCUAAGGAAAUGGUCACAGACAACGUGAGAUAAUAAAACCGUUUGGAGGAGCCAGGAGACUGCAGAGGCACCAAGAGUACCUGAGACAAAUGUAUGAACUCCUUUCUAUGAACAAGAUUAAAGGGAGACACAAAUGAAAA